CUCGUAGACGUUAGGGCCGUCUAUAUUUCCGUCCUCUGCACUUCCUGCACUGCGAUUCUAGUCUUCUGCUGUACUGGUUAGAUCUGGACAGCGAAGCUUACUCCAGACACCCGCUCUUGGCUUCGUAGUCACCCCUUCCACGGAUGAUCUGGCUGCUGAUAUUCCCUUCGCCUUCGCAUCCCUUGUGACAUUGUCGAAGCGCUGAUGCACUAAUCCUCCUCUCUGUCUGCGCAUGGUUAUUGGGUGCUUCUGACCUUCAAAGCACACCCACAAUCAUCUGGACAUUCAUUCACACCCACAAUGAGCAUCCUGCUGCUGACUUCUAUCUAGAGUAGUUCCUUCUUUUUUAUCACUACGUGAACUUGCAACGGCAAGCGUCCGGCAUCCAUGGCCACGCGUCAGGGUCUCAAGCAUCUGGCAGCUGUCAGGCGCUCAGCUUCUCGUCGCCGAUCAGCAGCUCCGCUCUCGAAAGCGCUAGAAUCCCUGCACAGCAGGCCCGCUAGAUCUGAUGAAAACGGCCAUCUAUCUUCCGCUGCAUCGGCACAUUCACUGAAGGAUGAAUCCCUAGAUUCGGAAUCGACGAAUUUCAGUGGUCAGCAGCACGCUCCGGGGCCAGCAAUCCCGAUACCUGGUACCGUAGCUGUUGACGAGGCCAAGCCAUUGCCUGAUAAUGGUUUCUGGCCCGACCAUUUUUUUCCCGAAGCUCAUCAGCCUCUCGGAGCAGCCAAAUCCACGGGUUUCGGAAGCCCGCGUAUUUUAGGAGAUCAGGGGAGAGCGCUGUCCGGGCAAAAAUGUCUGCUUCCCGCGUCUGCAGCCGCCAUCCUUACUCCUGCCCGUGAAUCCGCAAUCUCCGGGAGACGUAAACAAGGCCGGACAGCCCUAGAUUUUCCUGGCAUCGGGGGUCAAUUUCAGUCAGGCGCUCUAGCUUCGGAGAUUGGAGCACGAGGGGGGGAUCUGGCUAGGUCGUCCGGGGAUUCCCUCUUUACAAGUACGGCUAUUCCGCUCAGAAACUUCAGUACAAACUCCGUCCGCUCUCGACGUCACUUAUCCACCUCCCCCAAAUCACCCUCGUCGCCCGGACAUGGGGGAUCCGCGGGUUCUGUGCGAUCCGAGUCUGAAGCAGCACCCGCUGCAUCGGCUGCAGCAGCAGGCGCUCCGGCGGAUUCUGGAUCGAAAGGACCGGCAACAGCAACAGCAACGGCAGCGCAAUCUGCUCCUGCAGGUUCGGGGACGCAGGGAGCCUCCGGAGCUGCUACUAGUGGGGAUCGUGCAGCGCGGAUUGCGGGCGAGGAGUUGGCUGAGGAGUGCGAUGAGGCUGUUGAGGAUCUUGGGGAGGUGCGAGCCCGCGUGAGAGCGACAAGAGAAGCCGUUAGCAAGGGCCGCGGGGUUAUCCGGGCGUCCAUGCUCCUCGUCCUCGCCGUGCUGUCGCGCACGUGGCAGCUGCUGCUGGCCGUGCCACGUGGCAUCUCCUCCGUGGCUGGCAUGUCCGCCGCAGACUGGUCCGGUACUUUCAAGGGUUGGUGGAAGGCGAUUAAGCACGGCGCGCACCACUACUGGGUGGGGUCUAAGCUCCUGUGGGCGGAUAUCCGGAUCAGCUCGCGCCUGAUGCUGAAAGCGGCGAAUGGGAAAGCGCUGACGAGGAGGGAGAGGCAGCAGCUGACUCGCACGUCCGCUGAUAUCUUCAGGCUCGUUCCCUUCGCCGUGUUUGUGAUUGUGCCGUUUCUGGAGUUCCUGCUUCCGCUGGCGCUAAGGCUGUUCCCGAACAUGCUGCCCUCGACUUUCCAGGACAAGAACAAGGAAGAGGAGAAGCUGAAGCGGCGGCUGCAAGCGCGGCUGGAGAUGGCGCGGUUCCUGCAGGGCACGGUGGGCGAGAUGGCCAAGGAGGUGAAGAGCCGGCGGUCGGGCGAGGUCAAACGCACCGCGGAGGAGCUGCAGAAGUUCAUGAAGAAGGUGAACACAGGAGGGCACGUCUCCAACGAGGAGAUCGUCGCCUUUGCAUCGCUGUUCAAUGAUGAGCUCACCCUUGAUAACAUGUCCAGGCCUCGCCUGGUGAGCAUGUGCAAGUACAUGGGGCUCCAGACGUUCGGCACGGAUGCCUAUCUGCGCUACAUCCUACGCGCUAAGCUCGCCUGGAUCAAGGAGGACGACAAGAUGAUUCAGAGUGAGGGUGUUGAGUCGCUGUCCGAGGCCGAGCUGAGGGCUGCUUGCAGGGAGAGGGGCAUGCUGGGGCUGCGUUCUGUGGAAGACAUGCGGAAACAGCUGCGGGACUGGUUGGACCUAGCGCUCAACCGCUCCGUCCCGUCAUCUCUUCUCAUUCUCUCAAGAGCCUUCCUGGUGGGCAGCAAGCGGCCGGAGGAGGCAGUGCAGGCGACGCUGUCUUCGCUGCCAGCGGAGGUGGUGCGCUCUGUGGGGGCCACGGUGCCCAGCGACGACGAGGCAGAGACGUCCGCGCGCCUGCUGAAGCUCAAGCUCAUCAAGGAGCAGGAGCGCCUCAUCGAGGAGGAGGCACAGGAGGCAGCACGGCUGCAGCUGGCAAGCGGCCGCGACCUUGCUAGAGAGGAGAUGCGCGAAGCCCUUCCCACCUCCGAGACUACCCCCGCAGCCACCACCACCACCGCUGCUGCGGCCACUCCUGGCGUGGUAGCAGGAGGAGCAGGGGCAGCGGGGGCAGAAGGGGUUGCUUUGGAAGGGGAGGAGGCGCGGGCGCUGGCAGAGAGGAAGGCCAUGGCGAAGAAGGACCAGCUGUGCGAGCUCAGCGCUGCACUCGCCGUGCUCGCCUCUAGCUCGUCUGUGGCUAAGGAGCGAGCUGACUUCCUACGCCUGGUCAACAAGGAGAUCGAGCUGUACAACAGCAUGGUGCAGCAGCACGGCACAGAGGGCGCGGAGGAGCUGAGGGUGGCGUAUGCUGCAGCGAGGGAGGCGAGUGAGAAGGAGGCCAGUGAGGCCGCUGCUUCUGAUGUGUCGGACGCUCUCAUCUCUAAGGUUGACUCCAUGCUGCACAAGCUAGAGAAGGAGCUAGACAGUGUGGACGCUAAGAUAGGCAAGCGACUUAAGACGCUUGACACUUCAACUCGUGGAUCAGCAGGGAAAACGAGCCUACUACUGCCUGCACAACUUCCAAUGGCGGGUGCAGCGCCUCACAGCUUAACGGCAACGAGCUUGCGGCCAGCUCGCAUUUCACAUCCUCAGACGCUUCAUAACACAAUGACAAAGAGCCUGAUUCUAGCACGCCUUUCUCAGCAGCAGCAGCAGCAACAGCGACAGCAGCAGCAGCCGCAGUCGCAGUGGUGGCUGUGGGAGUCACAGGAAGGCAGGUCCUUGCAUUUAGCAGCACGUCAAAACUGGCUAGGGAAUGAUAGUGUGGUGAAGACAAGGAACAGCACACAGCCCUUGACAUGCACCUGUGUCCGCCUGUUGUAUGCGUGUCAGAUGGCCAUGAGGCUUUGUGACUAUGACGGCAAGGUGAGCCCGGAGGAGGUGGGGGCGGCAGCGGUGCUGCUGAGGGACAGCCUGGGGCAGGAAGGGCUGGAGGAGCUCAUCAGCAACCUGGCCAAGGACGCUGAUGGCAAGAUCUUAGUGGAGGACAUCGUGAAGCUUGGAGCACAGGCGCAGGCCUCGAUGGACAGGGAUGACGAUGCAGACAGCAGUCACAGUGGCAUCAAGGGCAGCACUGCCGGCAGCACUGGCACCGCUUCAUCUGUGACCAAGUGACGAUGAAAGUUACCGUUGGAAGUGAUGCUGGAUAUGAUGUAACUGGUAUUGUAGGCAUGGGUGGAUAACAUGCGCACUUGGGUAUUUUAGGUGAUGAGGCACACGGGUAUGUAUGAAUGUGUACGAUGCCCUACAACUGACGCCCAAGUGGUACCGUAAUCUCCCGGCAUGAUGACCCUAGGUCUUAUGGAAAAUUCAUUGAAAAUCGUUUGGGUGGACAUUUUAAACGAUGGUAGUUAAUACCCAUGUGCAGCUAUUUAUU